GUUUUUUUUUUAUCAAGCAAAACAAAAAAAUGGCUGGAUGUUCAGGUGGUGCGGGUGAACUUUCCGAGAGAAAUGACAGUGAUGGUGAAAUUCUUUCCAUGGUUGAUGUUUUAAAUGCAGACAAAGAUUUGGAGGAGGAAGUAAAUGCUGUCUUGGGUGAUAGUGAUGAUAAAUGCUGUACAUUUCCGCAGGGUUACCUUGGUCGGCAGGCACUGUAUGCUUGCGAGACAUGUUGUCCCACUGGUGUUCCAGAAGCAGCCAUCUGCCUUGCAUGCAGCUAUGCAUGUCAUGAAGGUCACAGCCUCUUUGAAUUGUAUACUAAAAGAAAUGUCAGGUGUGACUGUGGGAACAGUAAAUUCCAGAACUUCACUUGUAAGCUCUUCACUAACAAGCCAGAUGUGAAUGAAGAUAAUAAAUAUAAUCAAAAUUUCAAAGGACUGUACUGCACAUGCAAGCGACCCUACCCUGAUCCAGAGGACAACGUAGCUGAUGAAAUGAUUCAGUGUAUAUUGUGCGAGGACUGGUAUCAUGGCCGACACCUUGGUACCAAUCCGCCAGUGUACUUAGACUAUCAGGAAAUGGUAUGUACAGCAUGUAUGGAGAAAAACAGUUUCCUAUGGGCCUAUGCAGUAAACAGCAUUGAAACAAAGUGUAUUGAAAAUCAAGAAGAAAAGUCAAAAGACCUUGUAGAUAUUGAGAGUAAGCCAAACCCUGAGCAGAAUUGUGAGGGGACGGAGAAACCAAGCAGCUGCCAAGAGGAUGGUGACCCCACUCUUAAAGAAAUCAAUCAAACAGAUGAUAGCACAAGUGUAACGCCAGAUGAAACAACCAUAGCGACAGUUGCAAACACUUUAUCUCAUGACCAAAGGCCACCUGAUUCAACAAAAAACAAAAGUAUACAAUCACAGACUUUGGAUUCACCAUCAUGUUCCACUGAUGGUGAAUCGAAAGUAGACAGUAUUAAAUCUGAAGACACUGGUGCUCAAGCGAUCAACAAUAUUAAAUCAAAAGAAGACGACGAUACUACUAAAGCAGAGACUGAAAAAGAAUGUAUGCUAGAAGAACUAAUGAAAAGGAGUUUCAAAUCAGCACAGCAUGCUACCUUCUGGCCGAAUGGUUGGAGGGCGAAGUUGUGUUCUUGCCCAAAAUGCAAGGAGCUGUACAAAAGCAAGAAUUUGGAAUUUCUCCCAGAUAUGUCUGAUACGGUGCUAGCUUACGAGGAAAGGGGAAAAGCGAAGCAAACACCGGGUGAAACGCAGUACGACCGGGGAAUUCAAGCGCUGUCAAACAUGCACAGGACACAGCAGAUUGAAGUGAUCUCAGAAUACAACAGUUUACAAUCAGAACUAACAGAUUUCCUGAGAAAAUUUGCAGAGGAAGGAAAAGUGGUUCAAGAAGAAGAUAUUCGACAAUUCUUUGACGGAAUGCAGUCAAGAAAGCGUCAGAGGACAAGCCAGGGCUUUGUUCAACCGUUUUGUCGUUAAUGUUUCUUGUGAAGCCUUCCACACCGCAUUUAUUAUAACAUUUCUGCCUUGCAAGGUCAUUAUCCCGGCAAAUUAAACGCACAAUCAGUGGUAGCGACAGAGGGAGGAAGGGGUAAUAAGUCGUCAGACAAGUCAACCCCCCAUUUAAACCAGAAAAAAAAAACUAAUUCAUUAAUACGAUCUUUAAGCAAAGAACAACUUGUGAUUGGCCAAAAUAUUUACCAGUUGUCUCGAGGCCAGGGAGCGCACCUUCCUGGACCUCGAUUAUCACUGCCAAAAAUUGUCAUGCCCCUUGACAGAGAGCUUACCGCUUCUCCGUUGGGGAAAUUCUAGCCCCAGCACUUUACAUAAUAUGAGAAUGUGUUUAUGUGUUAUCAUAGGCUGAUCCUUUGUAAUUUAAAUAUUGCAUCCAAGUACAUUACACACACACUUUUGUUGGAAGCUUCUGAUUUGCAAAUUACAUGCUCUCUCCUUUAAAAUCAAUUUUUGCACCAAUGGCGUUCCAUACCAUACUUUUUCUGGGAUUACAUUCAUUUCAGGUAACAUAACAAAAACAGAUGCUGGUGGCGCUCUCUGAAAUUAUCUAACACUCUAUGAAAAGUCAGUACAGUAAAUUAGAGAAUUGUGGCAGGUCUACCUUUAAGUGUACAUUGUUACAGUAUAUUUGGUUCACUGCACUUAUAGGGCAAAAUCACAGCCAGAAUCUGUUGCUAGUUAUAAUAACUGUUUUUAAGAUAGUACCUGUAUAAUUGCCAUGCCACAAAAAAGGCAAUAGUUUCUUAGACAAACUACAAAAGGUGUACUUAAAAUGUUUUCUCUCCAGAUAUUAUGUAUACAUAUGAUAUGAAUUUCACCUGUUUAUUUUGAUGAAUAUUGCUGUUAUGCAAAGAAUCUUUAAGAUAUAUUGUCUGUGCUUAGAUUUGUGUAUGCAUGGUAAUCUUACAGUUGAAAAUCAGAAACCAGUUUCAUUACCAAUAUAACACUGCUCCUAUAUUAUUUGUACAGACUCUAGAUGGUAAUCUGUUUAUGGAUUUUUGUAGUAAAGUUUUUAAAUUAGAGAACUGAUCUUGAUCUUUCAUUGGAAGUUGAUUAAUCUACACAUUUCAGUUCAAGUGUUUUAAGAAUUCUCAAAAUUAAAUGGCUGUACAUUGUACGAAAUGAA